CUUCCUAGUUUAGGAAAACUAGGCGGAGCUUUCCGCAUGGUCCGACAGGCCCGUUCAUUUCUUGGUGAAUUUUAAGUCGUGAUAUAAUAAGUGCAUGUCGCUGCAAAGUUACAUGUGUGGUUGUUGUGUGUCGGGAUACUUGUGUCAGCUAGCCGGCCACUUUUAAAACCCAACACGACUUCAACACCCCUGUUUGAGGGAACACACGCAGGCCAGGUAGCGACAGCCUCAAAGCCGUAAAAAUGGCACCUCAAGGCAUCCGGUCCAAAAUCGUACAUCACUACAUAAUGCCAGAAGACACGGAAGGGAACUUCAAAGCAACAUGCAAGCACUGCAGCAAGGAAAUAGCGUGCUCCAAGAAGGCUCUCUCCAACUUGCACAUGCAUAUCAAGAGACUUCAUCCCGCGCUGUCCAUUGAGCCGUCCACCACCCGACUAAAGAAAACUAGCUCGACAAACACCAGCCCGCUGAAUACCCCCUCUCUCCUGGCCAGUGCCUUUACUCAGAGCUCCAUACCCAGAGGCCUUUUGGAGAGCGAGUCCUUAAGGAUGUUUUGCGAAAGUUUUUUGCAGCAGUCAAAUCAAGAGAUGGCAGACCACGCUCCUGCAGUGGCCACAGAGGCCGUCCUCAAGCCCAGCGCCGACCUCCCGGACGACAUGCCCAAGAUCCGAGGCUACGACUUCAACCAGGGGGUGGACCACCGGGCGCUGCUCCAGUCCUACCUCACCACGGGCUUCCAGGCCAGCAGCGUGGGCCUGGCCAUCCAGGAGAUCAACAACAUGAUAGAGAAGCGUCUUGAGCCACUGGAGGCAGAGGACACAAAUGACUGGAAGGAGUCUGGCCCUCCGCCCUACAGCUCAGGCUGCACCAUCUUCUUGGGUUACACCUCCAACCUUAUCAGCUCCGGGGUCAGGGAGAGCAUCCGCUACCUGGCAGAGCACAAAAUGGUGGAUGUGAUCGUGACCACAGCUGGAGGUAUAGAGGAGGAUCUGAUCAAGUGUCUGGCUCACACCUACCUGGGGGAUUUCAGCCUGCCGGGCAAGGACCUGCGUCACAGAGGCAUCAACAGAAUAGGGAACCUGCUGGUGCCCAACGCUAACUACUGUAAGUUUGAGGACUGGCUGAUGCCCAUCCUGGAUCAGAUGGUGUUGGAGCAAAACACUGAGGGCACCCGCUGGACUCCAUCCAAAAUGAUCCAUCGGCUUGGUAAAGAGAUCAACAACCCUGAAUCGGUCUACUACUGGGCCUACAAGAAUAACAUCCCAGUGUUCAGCCCAGCCCUGACAGAUGGAUCUCUUGGAGACAUGAUCUACUUCCACUCUUACAAGAACCCUGGCUUGGUGCUGGACAUAGUGGAGGAUAUUCGCAAGUUGAACAGCCAGGCGGUGUUUGCCAAACGGACGGGGAUGAUCAUCCUGGGAGGAGGGCUGGUCAAACACCACAUAGCCAAUGCAAAUCUCAUGAGGAAUGGAGCCAACUAUUCGGUGUAUGUGAACACGGGUCAGGAGUUCGACGGCUCUGAUUCCGGGGCCAGACCCGAUGAGGCUGUUUCCUGGGGCAAGAUCAGAACAGACGCCAAACCUGUCAAGGUGUAUGCUGAUGCCUCCAUUGUCUUCCCCCUGUUGGUGGCUGAGACCUUCGCUCUUCACGCUGACAAGCUGAUUGCUGGGAAAAAAAAGGAGUGAACGGACGUUUCCCGAAAUUCUCUUAUCAGAAACAACUGACCAACCUAUGUUUAUUUACUCCCUUCUCCCCUUAUUUGUGUUGUUGAAAAUAUGAAUUAUUGGGAAGCAGAAUGCCUUAUUGAAUGGGAGACUUUGGUGAGACUUUGCUGUCUUAGUACUUCUCAUACUGCUGUUUAUGUUUUAGUUUUAACAAGUACUGUUGCGUUGGGGUGGUUGACAUAGAAUGGAGGUGUGUGUGUGUGUGUGUGUGUGUGUGUGUGUGUAUGAGUGAGUGAGAGAGAGAUAGAGAAAAGAAAAUACAGUAAUAUUGCUAGUCUAGAUAAUUUAUUUAUACUUCAUGGAGACGCUGGUCAGGAUAUGACCGUACAGUCCCAUCACUUUAACAUUACCAGGGUUCAUAUGGAAAACCUUUGUUGCUGCACAUCUUUUCAAUAAAUAACACCUUUACUUAACUGUCAUUUAGGAAAGGGAAAUGUGCCUAUAUACAUAAAUAAAGGAUCUAUGAAUGA